ACUGCAAGUUUAUUGAAGUUGAAGGACGAGAGGUGUUGUCAGGGAACAUAGAAAAUGUUCCCAUCAAAGAGAAAGCCAAGUUCCCACAACAUUUCUUCCCUGAGUUCAAGUGGUCACGCAAAGGCUUCCUGCGAACAAGAUGGAGUAUAAACAAUUGUAUAUUUGACCUGGUGAACAUACAUCUCUUUCAUGAUGCUUCUAAUAUUGUUGCCAUGGAAACAAGUCCCUCAGUGUACUCAGACAACAGACAGCGAGCCUUGCUGCACACAUUACAGAGGUUUGAAAAUGACAAAUAUAGCAAAGUUCCUCUAUUUAUAUUUGGUGAUUUCAACUUCCGACUGGAUUCUAAUUUACUAAUACAGGAGCUAACGGGAAAACUGGUAGCUUGUCAAACAACAGGAAAGAAAGGUCAAGUGAACAAAAUUGAAUACACAGAAGAGGGAAAUGGGAAAAUUGUGCUGACAGUAGGAAGUAAGAGCUUUGACUAUUAUGAGAAGCACGCAGAUCUGUUUGCCAGUAUGUACAAAUGGCUGCUGCAGUAUGACUCUGAAUUCUCUUCAUUCAGAGAUCGGUUAUAUGAAUAUGAGAUCAUCUUUCCUCCCAGCUAUCCGUUCUGCGAGGAUGUGGCAGAUGGCAUCUCCUACAUGAAGACUCGUGUCCCUUCAUGGUGUGACCGGGUGCUGCUGACCCAUACAGCCAGAGAUAUAUUAAUUGAGGAUCCGAGCCAUCCCAUAGUUUAUGACCUAAUGGGCAAGGAUGUAUGUAUGGGAGACCACAAGCCAGCUUAUUUGUUUGUCCACAUAAAGCCAGGAAAAGGUAACAGUCAGCAACAGAAGCAGUUGUUGCCAGAGUUGUCCACAAGCAAACCACUGUCCCCCCUCGACCGCAAGCGAACCUUAUCCAUAAAUGGGGAAUUGAUUAAGCAUGUGGAUUUCAGUGUUGCUGAUGUGGAUCUGUCAUCUGUAAACAUUCAUGAUUAUGCUGUGUUUGAGAGGGAGCAUGCACUUAUCCCAGAGUUUAAAGAAAGCAUAAAGAACAGAAAAGAAUCUGAUAAAUCUGGAGAAAGAGGUAGAGAGGACAAGUUGUCUCCUUCGCAGUCAACAGUUACUAGAAACAGGUCCUUCCAAGAAGUGGCCAAACAAGUUCGAACAAUGGAAAAGGUUCUUCUUCAGUGGCCUAAGCGACCCUUAAGUCGUCACCACAGCUCAUCCUCUGAGGACUUCACUUUGGAGGAGGGUGAAAAUGUUAGCAUUAGCAGUCUUCCAUCUGUGAGCUCAGGUAGACCGGCAGGUGUAGCUUCAGGUGAUGUUGAGGAGAAAGUGGUUCAGACUGGUAGUCUUGAGACUAAUAAUAACGCCAACUCUCUGUUGUUGAAUGAACGAAACAGCCAUGUUGAAUUACAGAUUGACACAUCUGCUGCUAAAUUGAAUGUAAAUAAGGGCUUCCAGGUGGGUUUGGAUAGAUCCGCUGGUGCGGCUGCCGAGGCUGGACAGUUGGGUGGUUGUGGAGACAGCAACGGAACUCCCAAGGGUGUUGUUUUGCUUGCUGAGCAUGAUGGUCUUGUGUAUGCAGACUCGUCUGCCCCACCUUCCACCCUCACCUCUGCACCCCACAGUCAUUCGGCUGGAAAAGAAGUACAGAGUGAGAAGACUGGGGAGGCGGUCUCUGCAUCACCUUCCACUGGCACUGGAUGUUGUAGCUGUAUUUUGCUGUAG